AUGGUAUCCUGUAUUCAUAUCGCUGUGAACUUUUUCCUAUUCGUGGGGGCUUCAGCGGCUUCCUCCACUAUCACCAAAGGGCCAGAUCGAGUUGAAGUAUCGAAGGCUACUGAUAGCGCUUCUCUCAGAUUAGAUGCUGCUGAAGCUGACAUGCGUUUUUUCUCUGUAUUUCUUUCAGAUUUCAGGGUUAAUAUGGAUUCCUAUACUUCAUACUUGGGGGCACACCAUAAGACAAUGCCUCAGAAAGUGGCAGACUACUACCACCACGUAGCUGAAUUACCACAAAGUGCAGAUUUAGAAAAAGAUAUUGCUGCUUCCUUUCCCUUUUCACAAUUUCGAACUUUUAUCGCUGACUUUCCUUGGUAUAGUACCUUAUUAUCAAGUGCUAAUGAAAGUACUAUGUUCCUUCCGGAGGAUUUUGCGACCGAAGGAGCCUCACACGGUACUAAAACAACGAAUGUUCAACCAUAUUCAUCUUCUAGGUCCACUUCAAGUCUAUCUUCCACUAAGUCACACUCACACAAUGGUGCUAUGAGAGGAUCUGACUCAUCUUUUCCAUUGCAGUUUUUUUCCAUUCCUCUUCUAGUGGGAAUGUUGCUAUGA